AAGUCCACUGUGUAGAUCAGUCUUCUUACACUACUUGACAAGCCGCUAGGGUUUCUAUCCACUUCUCUCGUCACAUUUCUCUUAUUAUCCUGUCAAAUACACUUAUACUAUCCACUAUUCGAUAUGAAUUUCACCUUCAAUCGCUUCAAUUGAGCUGCUCAAAGCUGUAAAUUACUUUUAAUAAACCCGAAAUGGCCACUGCCAACCCGUUUGAUUUGCUCGGCGACGAUGAUAACGACGACGUUUCGCACUUGAUUGCUAUUCAGCAGAAGAAGAAAGCAACAGCUGCUUCUCCGGCGCCAGCGGUUGCUAAGCAGCCUGCCAAACCGGCGAAGCUUCCGUCCAAGCCUGCGCCACCUGCUCAGGCCGUGAAAGAAGCAAAGAGUGAAGGUAUCCGUGGAGGAGGGCGUGGUGGUGGCCGUGGAUAUGGGCGCCGUGGGGGAGGUGGAUAUAACAGAGACUUUGCCAGCAAUGAUAGCUCCUUCAGAAACAGUGGGCUUGCUGGUAGUCAGGGUGCUAUUGAUGGAAGUGAUUCAGGGAAAACUUUUGAAAGGCGCGGCAGCUAUGGUGGACCUCGCAGUGGAUUCCGUGGUGAUCGCCGUGGUGGAGAUGAGGGAGAGGAGAAUCAAAAUCGUCGAGUAUUUGAACGUCACAGCGGAACAGGGCGCGGAAAUGAGUACAAGCGCGAAGGUUCUGGUCGAGGGAACUGGGGAACACCGACUGAUGAAAUUUCUCAGGUGACCGAGGAAAUCUCUGUUGAAGGUGAGAGAAGUCUGGAUGCCAAGAAGCCCUCUGGAGAGGAAGAUGCAGGAGAUGGGAACAAGGACAAAGCGGAAAAUGAUUCUGAAGAAAAAGACCUGGAGAAUAAGGAGAUGACACUGGAAGAGUACGAAAAGGUUUUGGAAGAGAAAAGGAAAGCACUAGAGUCACUCAAAACUGAGGCAAGGAAGGUGGAAAUGGACAAAGAGCUUGCAUCUAUGCAACCGCUGUCAAGCAAGAAGAGCAAUGAUGAAAUAUUCGCUAAAUUGGGUUCUGACAAAGAUAAGCGGAAAGAUAGUGCUGAAAAAGAGGAAAGAGCAAAGAAGUCCUUGAGCAUUAACGAGUUCUUAAAGCCUGCUGAGGGGGAGACAUACUAUAGUGGUGGAGCUCGGGGUCGGGGUCGUGGACGUGGUUUUAGAGGAAGUUCCAGUGGCAGCAGCGGAACAAGCAACUAUGGAAAAGCCCCGGCUAUUGAAGAUCCUAGCCAGUUCCCCACAUUGGGUGGUAAAUGAACAUUAUUAUCUUUUAGUGAACCGUGACUCAAAGGAUGCAGAGUUUUUGUUCUUUUACCAAAGAAAUCAGAUUAUAUCUUUGUUUGUUGGUUGUAUGUAAAGUUCUGUUGUUUCAAAUUCUUAUUGCCUUGUUCAGCUACAGCUCUGCAUGCAACAUAGGAGCUGAGUUUUCGUUCA